AAAGACUUUCUUUUCCGUGUGAUUUCAGACUUCCAGUGCUCCAUGAUUAAAGACGCAACACGGAGCUCGGAUCCCUCACUGUACGCACCUGGCCUCGCUCCAAGUCGCAACUAUUUAUUCUGACCAUAUCAUUGCGACCUUGAGACAGACAGAUCGGUAGAUACUGGUUCUGUGCGUGGUUGGAAGCAGGAGAACACACAAAAGCCAUGGCGAGAUCGGCGUCAGGGAGGAGUUUGCUGGUGAUCUUGCUCGCCGUCAGUCUCCUCCUCGUCGCCUCCUCUGACGCAGCUCGUUUCACAAGAAGUAACAGGAUGGCGAUGAUGGUGGUGGAGGCUCCGGCGCGUCCGGGUGUUGGUGUUUCAGGUUCAGCAGAGGAUGACGUGAGCACAAGCGAUGCAAUCGUGGAGAUGUUUGGAAGGAUGGCGCUGCAGACGACUGAUUACCCCCCCUCAGGCCCAAACGAUCGCCACACUCCCAAGGCACCCGGCACAUGAUGACGCCGCAAAAGCCAAGAACACCAAAGCUUUCUAAGCUGAAUCAGGACGCCACCAUGUACAGAUUAAUACGCAAUUUUCCCUUUUAUUUUACAUUACGCAUCGAUCGAUUAACGGACAGCUAGUAGUAAGAGUGGCAAAUCAAUUUGUAAAUUUUUGUAUCUGUGGGAGUAGUAUUUUCAUAAUUGUUGUUGCCCAUGAUCAGAGGUGAUCGUUUUGCUGCGUUUGAAGAUUGGUUUUAACGAAUGGCAGACGAAAUAAUGCCCAAUUGGAUCUAAUUACUCCGUUUUAUAUUAUAA